AUGCUCGGUUCUUACUUUGCUAAUUUGCCACACUUAUAUGUCCAUGCUGCUGGCUUGAGGGCGCUUUCUACGUCCGCACAGCUUCGGACUAAAGCUCCAAGUGCAAGGAAACUCAUCAAGAUGGUAACGGAAAGCAGUUUGAGCAAAAAAGAGCUUGAAUCAGGAACUCCGAUCGAGACCCAGGUGGGAAAGGGCCACGAAGAGGUACCUGAGUGGAAGAAACAAAAACUUGCAUUGCAUAAAAAGUUAAACGGCGAGCAUUGGAAUCCAAAGAAGAAGCUUUCUCGAGAUCAGCAGGACGCCGUGCGAAUGCUAAAGCAAAGAUACCCGGAUAUGACGAACAGCAAUCUAGCUGAUUAUUUCAAGGUUUCCGCUGAGAGCAUCCGAAGAAUACUUAAGGCGAAGUGGCAGCCCAACGAGGAUGAGAUGCUCGAGAUGCAGGAGCGCUGGAAAAGGAGAGGCACAAGGAUCAAAGAAGAGCUGAGGGAGUCAGGUGCCAUACCUGAACGGAGGAUUCGCAUUGCAUCGGAUGGAAAUGCCUUUCGGGUGCGAAGCGUCGAAACUCCUGGCGAGAAAAGUUCGAAAGGCAUUUCAACACCGCUUCAGAAGAACUUGCAUCGGCUGCUCCGGAACACGAGGAAGUGA